UGUCUCUCAUAUUACUUUUUGCGACACAUGUUUAAGCAUAUGUAGACUUCAUCCUUCAACGAAGAGUUCAUUUAUAUAAAGUUAUUCGCCAGUUGUGCAUCUGACAUCUAUAAAUUUCUGUCUGGUAAAAAUGUGGAUUUUAUCAAUCGUUAUUCUCAUCAUUACGUGUGUUUCAAACAUCUAUUGUGCGUCGUAUCGCGGUAGCAAUCAACUGGAGGCAAAACUUGACGAAAUUCAGGCUGAUCUGCGUGACAUACCGUCAGUUCUAUUGAUCACGGGGAAAAAUAAUGAAAUUCAUCAACUGGUUCAAAAUACCGACGCAAUCUUAAAAACUAUUCAUGAUCAAUUUGUUGAGCUUCAGAAAAGAACUGAAAUUUGGUCCACUCAUGAACAUUUUAUAACUUCUUGGUUGGAUCAAAUCUCCGCCGUAGAUAGAAAAUUGGAUAUAAUAAUAAAGGGUCAAGAUCGUUUGAAUAAAGUCGAAACUAAACUGAAUCUUCUACACGAACAAGUCAAUAAAAUUGAUAUAGACAAAUUCGAGAAUUUGAUGAAUACUGCUGACCACCUUCUCAAAACAAAUGAUCGCCAAAAAAAGUCCCCAAACAAUGAGUUAUUCUCCUUUAUAGAUGAGUAUACCACUCGAGGUGUGCUCAGUACAUUGAACCGCAUUGAAGGUAUACUUCUUCAAAAAAGUAAACAACAAUUGCCAGAAGAUUGCGGCCAAGUAAAUCGUACCAGUGAAAUCCUGGAAGAUAUUGCUUCUAAAGUUGAUAUAAUUGUGGACAAGUUGACUGUACCAGAACCAACAGUUGAACAACCUGUAGUUUUUGACCCUAAACCCGAAACAACUACGAGUACAACAGAUUCAGUUCUAAAAGUCUCAAGAUGCAGUUUGAAUCAAAUGCAGGACCGAUCAGUCACUAUUCUAGACCGUCAUCCAAUUAAAUAUAAUGCCACACAUUUGAUUGAAGAAUACUUAAACAAAAGUUUCGUUGAAUAUGAACAAGGUUUUGAUACGGAUACCGCAAACUGGUGGGGCCUUAUCAAUAUGAAAGAUGCAAGCGCCGAAUGCGAUCUAAGACUUCGUGUUGAACUCUGGGACUUCGAAGAUAACUUUGCAUGGGCUGAAUAUGAUACUUUCAAGAUUGCUGAUGAUGGCCUGUAUACGUUAACAGUAGAUGGAUACAAUGGUAACGCAACAGACUCUUUAAGUUCCCUGAGUGGAUCACCGUUCAGUACUUACGAUAACAACAACGACCAGGCACCAGAAUGUUGUCCAUGUGCCAUUACUUACGGUUCCGGCUGGUGGUUCACUAAGUGCUUUGAAGCAAACUUGAAUGGUCGAUACACCUAUGAAGAUAUCGAUUAUUAUAAUGGAAUUAUUUGGGAAGGAUGGCUGGGAAACUACUCACUUAAGCGUGCCAAAAUGAUUAUUACCAGCAAAUAAUGCGGUGGUGCUUCUUCCUUUAAACGAAUAAAUUAUAUAUAUAGAUAUAUAUUAACGCUGCAUUUGUAUAUGUAUAAUUCGAGUAUGAAAUAAUCAACAACUUCAUUGUC